AUGCACGCUUCAUCAAUAUAUGGCCAUGUGCUCCAGUGCUAUGGAUCUUUGUUAAUGUUGGGCGUGAUCGCGUUAAUCUUGUCUCCUGUCAAUGCCAAGGAGCCCUGCGACUUUUUUGAUACCGUUAAUGUGACCGGUGACCGGCGGCUCACAGACGGCAGCUACGUGCAUGAAAACGUAACCAUUCCUGCGGCCCAGGUUGCCCAAUACAGCUAUAUUUACAAAUAUAGGGGCGAGAAAAUUGAGGUGGAGCCCCAUUUGCGCGGCUGCAUCUGUCAUCUGAAGCCCUGUUUAAAUGUCUGCAAUGGAUGGGGGAACAUGAAACUUAACAGGUCCGAAUCAUCUCUAAACAUCACCUUCCUCGAUGGCUCAACGUCGUUGGUAGACGUCGCCGAACAGUUCGUACUGCAAGAGCAAAGGAUUUGUAAGGAAAUGUAUUUGCUGCUACCAGAGGAUAACUUCAGCUGGUUACUAAACGAGAAAGCCGUGUUAUGGGAGGAGGUUCAAAAUAUAAACAGGACAAAGGCGGAUUUUUGCGUGACACAAUUUGAAUGGCCAAAGGCCAGUGGCCAGUAUAGUAUCCAACCUGCAGUAUGUAUUGAGACGAGCGAAUUUGUAGUGAAAACGCAAAUCAAUGGUAUUGUCAUGUGGUUGUCAAUACCCUUCAUGCUGCUGACUAUUGCCGUGUACCUGAUUAUUCCUGAACUACGUAAGUGCAAUGGCAAGCUUUUGGCGUGCUGGCUCUCGAGUCUCUCCAUCGCCUACUCAAUACAUCCCACAUUGGCUUUUGGAAUCCAUACUCAGUAUUCCAUUGGCUGUAAACUAGCCGGCUAUUCCAUCUACUACUUCAUAAUGGCAGCCUUCCUUUGGCAUAAUGCCAUGAGUUUCGAUACGUGGCGCACGGUGCGCAAUAUCACUGGUCUUACUAUUAUUCACUUUGUACGCUCGGGAGCAAGCCGACUGGAUCGGGAAUGA